AUGAAAGCUGUAGUCUGCGACAAGACAGGCGGUCCAGAGGUCCUUCGGUACACGGAAGACCAUCCUGUGCCCAAGCUUGGGGACUCUGAUGUACUGAUAAAGAACAAAUACGGAGGCAUUAAUUACAUUGACACAUAUUUCCGUACUGGCCUCUACCCUGCGCCCAGCUGGCCUUUGUGUCUGGGACAAGAGGGCGUGGGCAUUGUUGCCGCACUAGGUGGGUCGAACACGUUUGGCUUGAAAGAAGGUGACGAAGUGGUCUGGAUGAAGAUGGGUCUGACAGCACUGUCACUCGUCAAGGAGGCAUACGAAGUUAAAAAGGGUGAUACGAUCUUGAUGCACGCCGCUGCUGGUGGAGUUGGUUUGCUCAUGGGCCAGUUUCUGAAGGACUUGGGUGCUGUAGCUAUAGGCACCGCGUCGACUAAAGAAAAGUGUGACUUGGCGAAAGAGCACGGAUAUACACACGUCAUCAACUACAAAGAGAAUCCAGAUUGGGUUGCGGAGGUGAAGAAGAUUGCUCCCGACGGUGUCGAUUGCGUCUUUGACGCAGUUGGGAAGACCACUUGGGAAGGCUCAUUAGAGGCAGUGAAGCGCAAAGGAAGUGUCAUCUAUUUCGGCAAUGCUUCAGGCCCGGUCCCGCCCUUGAAUAUUGCAUUGCUUGCUAAGAAGAACACGAAGAUAAUGAGGGCAACAGUGAAUCAGUAUAUUGUCACAAGAGAAGAGCUGGAGUUCUACACAAAACUACUGUUUUCAUAUCUAAAGGACGGAAAGCUGAAGGUCAAUAUUCACAAGAUAUAUGACUUGCGUGACGUCCAGCAAGCACACAAGGACUUGGAGGGCCGCCUAACCACAGGCAAGCUAUUGCUGAAGACUUCUUAG